CAGAGACUCGCAAUUUCUUCCUGGUCGGCGGGCAGCCAUGUUUACAUUUCUGGCGGCCCGUGCCCGCUCACAGAGUGCUGGCAAUGAGGAAGCGCAGACACCGUUGCCUUUGAGGCUGACGAAGACCUUGCUUCGGCUUUGUGCUGGGGUUGCUGCGGCCUUCUACAUCCAGUGGAGGAACAGUGUCGUUGACCUCAGCGAGGUGAUCUUCCCACCAGAGACUCCUUUUGUCGCGGUGGACAACCACACGAAGAUCUUUCAGAACGACCAGUUCCUCUCUGCUGAAGAAGUGCAGUACCUUUUGAAUUUCAUUGAGAAUCUGGGCGGAUGGGGACCGAGUGACGGCGCAGAACACCUGGAGCUUCCCUUGGCCGGCUUCGUGGAGGAUGCCCGCAAAGACCCCAUCGUCGCACGCGUGGAGGAGCGCAUCGCGAACGCCACAGGCAUCCCGGUACAUCCGCACGAAGAUCUGCUCAGCUUCACUCGUGUCCAAUCUCGUGGCAGCAAGCCUCGGGAGGGCUAUUUCCCGCCUGAUGGGCUCCACCAUGAUUCCCACCAACGGCCACAUCGAGCAUGGUCGAUGAUUGUGUAUCUUCAAGUGCCCGAAGAAGGUGGCCGCACCAUCUUCCCCCUGGCGGGCCCUGUUCCCAAAGACGGCGACUUGGCGAUGCGGCACGUGGAGUUCGCUGCCGCACUGCAGGACCUUUAUGGUGGGAAGGAGCAGAACUACUCUCGGCGCGCCUAUUUCGAUGUCUCUUCAGAUCAUCCCUUUAUGGACCUGAUCGAAGAAAGCUGUCGUGGCGAGUAUGGUCUCUCGCUCCAAGUCUCGCCGGGCACAGCUGUGCUGUUCCCCUCGAGCAGCCGAAGCGUGAGGACAUGGCAUGCAGGCUGCAAUGUCAUCAAGGGUAGCAAGAUCAUCCUGCAGAAGUUCAAGGAGUAUCCACUUCAACGACGGAGCUCCGAUGAGCCUCUUCCGCUGUAUCGACCUUUCAGGGAGUAGACAGCUCCGUCAGAAAGCACCGGAGUCAGCUCCUGAGUAAAAUGGUUAAUGAUGCUCCCAAGUUUCAGAUUGGCGC